CUCAUGCCGUUAAAAAAUCACAAUCACAAGUAUUCAUAACCUAAAAUUCAACAAAGAAAUCAAUUACGUAUUCUUCAUUUUUCCACAUUAAACCAGAAUCUUAAACCAAACCAAUCCAAAAAAGCGACAUUUAAACCAAUCCGGUUAUCAAACUAUCUCUCUCUCACUCACACACCUUUCUCUUUUCGCAUCACUUUCCCUCUCAUUCUUCUUUCUUAUCUCUCUCUCUCUCUUUCUCUGACUCUCUCCUUGAUGCCUCGUGACUGCAACCAAAGCAAUUUAAAACCGCCGCACUUCUCAUGAGUCUUCUUCCUCAUCAUCAUCAUCAUCACCGUUAACUGUAAUUUAUCUUCUCCGAUCUUCAUUCUCCGCCAUGCGCUCGCCGCAUGCUUUCCGUAACGGCGAAUCUCCGACUUUACGGGACCAUACUCACUUCCACUCAACCGUCACAGCUCAGAAACUCCGUCGAUUCAACUCCUUAAUCCUCCUCCUCCGUCUCGCUUCUUUCUCCUUCUCUCUCGCUUCCGCCGUCUUUAUGCUCACCAAUUCCCGCGGCUCCGCUUCUCCUCACUGGUACGAUUUCGACGCUUUCAGAUUCGUGUUUGUGGCAAACGCGAUCGUGGCGUUAUACUCGGUGUUUGAAAUGGGAACUUGCGUUUGGGAAUUUUCAAGAGAAACCACCUUAUGGCCUGAAGCUUUUCAGGUCUGGUUCGAUUUUGGCCAUGACCAGGUGUUCUCGUACCUAUUGCUAUCGGCGGGAUCGGCUGCAGCAGCAUUGGCUAGAACGAUGAGAGGUGGUGACACGUGUACGGCUAACAAAGCCUUUUGCUUGCAGUCAGAUGUAGCCAUUGGCUUAGGCUUUGCUGCUUUUCUAUUCUUAGCUUUCUCUUCUUGCUUCUCUGGUUUUCGUGUAGCUUGUUUCCUUAUUACUGGCUCUCGUUUUCACCUUUACUCAUGAUGAUUGUUUUAUGGAAUUGAUUGAUGUGUUAAAAAGAAUUUACCAUAAGAAGAUAAAUUUUAUAA